AUGGCUAAUGCUCCAGUGAUUCGUGUGCUGUCCCCUUUGGACUCAUCCAUAGCACACACCUUCAUCGAUCCGAACAAGAAGAUACACGAGUCGCAAGAUGUAUCGGCUUUCCUAACCUCAAAAGGCUAUACUGAUAUCAUGACGUGGAUACUACAACUCAAUCGAUCUAUGUUUCCGCUGAAAUUGCCCGACGACAGUGUACAACCCUGGACUCUCAAUAGCGACACGAUACAAUUUUCCGCUCGGGUUCGACAACUGCAGCGACUUCUCUCGAAACUCGAAGACAUCAUACAGGAGGUCCCACCAGAUACCGGCCCGCGGCGUUUUGGAAAUAUCAGCUUUCGGAGAUGGUGUGAGGUUGUCGAAAGUCGCGCGUCCGACCUGCUGAGAGAAUGCCUGCCGGCUGAGCUCUUACAGAGGGGUUCUGGUGAUGGUACAACCGCGGAGACGGAGUUGAAAGCAUACCUCUUGGGUAGCUGGGGAAGUGGGCAGCGAUUGGACUAUGGGACUGGUCAUGAAUUGAGCUUCCUCGCCUUCCUGGCUGGAAUAUGGAAGCUGAAUGGGUUCCCAAAAGCCGAUCCAGGCGUGGAAGAACGAGCUAUCGUGGUCGGGGUGAUUCAGCCAUACCUAGAACUUAUCAGAUUACUCAUUAAAACAUACACCCUUGAGCCUGCUGGCUCCCAUGGCGUUUGGGGCCUAGAUGAUCAUUCCUUCAUCCCUUAUAUCUUUGGGUCUGCGCAGUUCUCGCCUGCCAUCAAUGACACUGACUUGACCCCUGAAGAAGGCUCACUGCUUAAUGCGCCGGAACCGAGUGCAAUCGCAAAGGCAAAUAUCGUUCAAAAAGAACGCCUAACUAACCUAUAUUUCUCCGCAAUCGGGUUCAUUUACGAUGUUAAAAAAGGCCCAUUCUGGGAGCACAGCCCCAUGCUGUUUGAUAUUUCGGGCAUUCAAGCUGGCUGGGGCAAGAUUAAUAAAGGAAUGAUUAAGAUGUACAACGCGGAAGUUCUCUCAAAAUUCCCCGUGGUACAGCACUUCCCCUUCGGAUCUCUAUUCAGUUGGGAACGUGACCCCAAUGCCGCUUUGCCCCCUUCCACGGUUCAUACAGCAUCCGGUCCUCAGGCACGGCCCGCCGAACCAAAUUCUGGCACUCAGGCUCCCUGGGCCAACGCCGGGGCAAGUAUGCAGGCUACUCCCCCGGGGGGCGCGACCGCAGCUCCAUGGGCUGGAGCGAGGAGAGACGGCUUGCCAAGUUCAAUGCCCGGUGGUGCGACCAGAGUUCCCUCCGCUCUGCCAGAUACUUCCAGGAUGCCUCCAGGCCCUUUGGCACCCACCAGAGCACCGUGGUCCGCACAGCCCCGGCCUUCGCCUUCACAGGCUGGAAAUGCCGAUGUGCAUACAAAGGCUCCCUGGGCUAAAUGA